AUGGAGCCAGAGAGUAUAGGUGAUGUAGAAAAUUAUGUCCAGGAUGAUAGUGGUAGUGUAGUAUCCGGGCCUCGUAAGCGUUCUGGAAGCAAGACAUCUAGUGCGAAGAAUAUACGGAACUCCAGUAAUAUCUCCCCAGCAUCGAUGAUUUUUAGAAACUUACUAAUACUGGAGGAUGACUUAAGACGCCAAGCUCGUGAACAAAAAAUAUUGAAGUGGCAAUUUACUUUGUUUCUAGCAUCUAUGGCCGGUGUAGGUGCGUUUACCUUCUACGAAUUAUAUUUCACUACAGAUUGUGUUAAGGGCUUCCACAGAGUUAUUCUGCAGUUCACUCUUUCUUUUAUUUCUAUAACUGUAGUUCUAUUUCAUAUUAGUGGGCAAUAUAGAAGAACCAUUGUCAUUCCAAGAAGAUUUUUCACCUCUACUAAUAAGGGGAUUAGGCAGUUUAAUGUGAGGUUAGUUAAAGUCCAGUCUACGUGGGAUGAAAAAUAUACAGAUUCCGUAAGGUUCGUGAGUCGAUCAAUUGCUUAUAGUAAUAUUUACUGUCUGAAAAAAUUUCUGUGGCUUAAAGACGAUAAUACCAUCGUGAAAUUUUGGAAAAGUGUCACGAUACAAUCUCAACCGAGAAUCGGUGCUGUAGAUGUGAAAUUGGUGCUUAAUCCCAGAGCAUUUAGUGCAGAAAUUAGAGAAGGAUGGGAAAUUUAUAGAGAUGAGUUCUGGGCUAGGGAAGGAGCAAGAAGACGCAAACAAGCGCAUGAACUCCGACCUAAAUUAGAAUGA